CCCCACAGCAGAUUGGAAUUAUAUUCAAACCCAACACAGAGAACCUGUCACAACCUUCCCUUCAGAUCAUUCCCAGCUCAAAGAACAAUGGCUCUCCUGUCUCUAUUCUCCCUUAUUUCAGUAUUUGUUUUCCUCACGCCGCCGCCGUCGUCUUUGGUGGUUCUUGCCCAGCAACCUUAUGAGGGAUUGACCACAACAGCUUGCGACGCCAUCGAUAACUCCUCCUCGAAGCUCGGAUACACCUGCAACGGCCUCAACACGAGCUGCCAAUCCUACCUCAUUUUCCGGUCCCGAUCCCCUUACAACACGGUCUCGUCCGUCUCGACCCUCUUCGCCUCAAGCCCGUCUCGAGUCUCAUCGAUAAACUCGGUCUCUGAAUCCACGAGCUUUGGUACGGAUCGGAUGGUGAUAGUCCCAAUCACCUGCUCAUGUUCAGGUCAGUACUAUCAAGAGAAUGCCAGUUAUGUUGUCCAGUCAGGAGAUACCUUCUUGUACAUUGCCAAUAACACUUAUCAAGCCCUCUCGACAUGCCAAGCUCUCCAGAAUGUGAACAACAUGAGUGCUUCUGAUUUGUCUGUUGGUGCAUCAAUUACUGUCCCUGUUAGGUGUGCUUGCCCAACAAAAAACCAGAGUGAUGCGGGUAUAAAUUAUCUCUUGACCUAUGCUACCGUGAAUGGCGAUGUCCUUUCCGAUAUUAGCGAAAGAUUCGGAGCCGAUUUCACUGCUACUUUAGAAGCUAAUGGACUCUCUGGACAAGACACCAUCUAUGCUUUCACCACACUUCUCAUACCGUUGGAAAAUCCGCCCACGAGUUCUCAAACCACGUCACCGUCUCCUCCUCCGUCGUCAUCACCGCCACCAUCGCCGCCUUCCACCGUUACAUCUCCCCCAGGCAAAAGUUCGAGUACAUGGGUCUAUGUCACUAUCGGUGUUCUUGGUGGAAUUGCUGUGAUUGCGGUGUUAGGCACAGUCGUUUUCUUUAUGUUCUUCAGAGGAAGGACUAAGAGAGAGAGAAUCGACUCGACCGUGGUCUCGGAUAGCUUUGAGGCAUUCGAAAAACCAAGCAAUAAGAGGUUGGAUGAAGACUCUCUGGAUUUCCUCGAUAGCGUAUCUAGCAUCGCGCAGUCCAUCAAGGUGUAUACUUACGAAGAGCUGCAAGCCGCAACCAAGAACUUCAGUUCUAGCUGUUUGAUCAAGGGAUCGGUCUACCGUGGAAAAAUCAACGGAGAUCACGCAGCAAUCAAGAGAAUGAACGGGAACGUGUCGAGGGAAGCCGAAAUACUGAGCAAGAUCAGCCACUCCAGUCUUAUCCGCCUCUCGGGUGUAUGCUUCGACGAGGGGCAAUGGUUCUUUGUAUAUGAAUAUGCAGUGAACGGACCCUUGAGCGAAUGGAUUUACCAGAAUAACAGCGAAGGGAGAUUCUUAACUUGGAUGCAGAGAAUGCAAAUCGCUUUGGAUGUGGCCACCGGGCUCAACUAUCUCCAUCUCUUCACGACCCCGCCUUUCGUCCACAAGAACAUCAAGAGCAGCAACAUUCUUCUCCAUAGCGACUUCAGGGCCAAGAUAGCGAGUCUCGGACUCGCAAGAUCGGCAGAAGGAGAGGGCGGGGAAUUUGCCUUGACAAGGCACAUCGUCGGGACAAAAGGCUAUAUGGCUCCUGAGUACUUGGAGAACGGUUUGAUCUCCGUGAAACUAGACGUCUAUGCGUUCGGCGUUCUCUUGCUGGAAAUGAUGACCGGGAAAGAGGUCAUUUCUUUGUGUGGAGGAGAAAACAUGCAAGCGUAUGAUAUUGUGAGUUUGGCGCUUGCUGAGGAUGGCGGGCACGAGAGGCUGAUGCGGUUGAUCGACCCUACGAUGAGUGAGACGUACCCGUUGGACCUUGCCGUGUACGUUGUCAGGAUAAUCAAGAGUUGCCUGAAGAAAAAUCCCGUGGAUCGCCCUUCCAUGGAUGAGAUCGUGCAGUCUCUGUCGAAGGUCCUCACGGCGUCAUUGGCCUGUGAACACCAGAACAUCCUCGCUAGGUAGCGAAGUUUCUGCAUUUCUUCGAGCCAUAAUUAGAUUGUUUGCACAGAAACGCACUGAUACAGACACUA